AUGAUCAGCAAAACGCUUUUUUUGACUUAUUUCUACUUGUUUAUCUACAUCUUGCUUUCUUCUGGUGUCAUUUUGUACAACAAGUGGGUUUUAUCUCCAAAGUACUUUAACUUUCCACUUCCCAUCACACUUACUAUGAUUCAUAUGGGUUUUUCUGGAGCUGUUGCGUUUUUACUUGUUAGGGUUUUUAAGGUUGUAUCGCCGGUUAAAAUGUCAUUUGAAAUAUAUGCAACUUGUGUGAUACCAAUAAGUGCAUUCUUUGCAUCAAGUCUCUGGUUUGGUAACACGGCAUAUUUGCAUAUUUCUGUGGCUUUCAUCCAGAUGCUUAAAGCUCUGAUGCCUGUUGCAACUUUCCUUGUGGCUGUUUUAUGUGGCAUUGACAAAGCAAGGUGUGACGUGUUCUUCAACAUGCUGCUAGUUAGUGUUGGAGUUGUCAUUUCCUCCUACGGGGAAAUUCAUUUUAAUAUAGUUGGUACACUUUACCAGGUCACAGGCAUCUUUGCAGAAGCUUUUCGUCUCGUUUUAACACAAGUCCUUUUACAAAAGAAGGGCUUGAGUUUAAAUCCCAUUACAAGCUUAUAUUACAUAGCUCCAUGCAGUUUUGUGUUUCUCUUUGUGCCUUGGUACCUUUUGGAAAAGCCAAUGAUUGAAGUUUCACAGAUUCAGUUCAAUUUUUGGAUCUUCUUUUCAAAUGCUCUUUGUGCUCUAGCCUUGAACUUUUCCAUCUUCUUAGUGAUUGGUAGAACCGGUGCUGUAACCAUCCGGGUUGCCGGUGUGCUUAAAGACUGGAUAUUAAUAGCCCUUUCAACAGUUAUAUUUCCAGAGUCUACAAUAACUGGACUGAAUAUAAUUGGCUAUGGUAUCGCAUUAUGCGGAGUUGUGAUGUACAAUUACAUAAAGGUCAGGGAUGUUCGAGCCUCUCAAUUAACUGCUGAAAGUAUUCCCGAUCGAAUCACUAAGGACUGGAAACUUGAGAAGAAGUCAUCUGAUAUUUAUGUGCCAGAUAAUGGUGGCAACAAUGAAGGAGGCAGCGGUGGCAAUGGUUCUGCCUCUGAUACGAAUAUUAAUGUAGAAACACCACUAAUUUCUUCAUCAAGGUUGUCUCAUAUUGGCCGUACACAGCUAACCAGCCAUGCGACAGGGAAAUGA